AUGUUGCCUCCCAAGCACCAGCUCGCCUUGUCGAUCCUCGCAAAUCCCUGUUUCUUUCUUCCGGUUCACGCUGCGCGACUUGUAGCUGUCGAGGCACUCCUCCCUUCACCGGCGGCGGCGGGCUCAUCCGGGACGAAUUAUGACACGACCACGCCAGAGGCCAGAGCGACGGCCAGCGAGGUGGUGAACGACAAGUUCUUCAUUCCGGCGAUCGUGACGAUGGGGGUGUUUGUGGCCCUUAUAGUGGUGUGUCUCUACAAAAUUGGCUGGUGCUUCAACCGCAAGCAGCGGGACAAAGCGUACGAGAGGACAGCGUACCCAGUUCCAGCCCACCUGCAGCCUCAACCCGACCCGGCGAUUCCGCGACCCGUGUCACUAAACAUGGACGGCGGGAAUACCUGGAACAAGCGCCAGUCGGCUUUGCAGAGAAAAUCUCCCCCAACAGUAUACGGAAACCUCCCACCCCCCUCUCGCUUAGCCACUACGGAACGGCAGCCAACUAUCAGCGAAUAUUCAACCCAACCACCAGGUGCCUUCCAGCCCCGUCCUUCAGCCCCGCAGGUUGCCAUGAGCGUCCAGCGCACAGCGCCUCCCGCACAGGACUCCGGCCGCGGCUACUGGAACCAAGGAGCAAGAAUGUCAACGUUCUCCGCAGAUCAAUCCUCGACGACGCAACUUGGGUCUGGAGAUCCUUCUAGUCCACCAACGAACUACCAGCCAUACCCUGGCUAUGCCCCGAGCCAGUCAUAUACCGCACAAUCCCAACCAUACCCCAGCCAAAGCCAGCGAUACCCUACUCAGCCUCAGGGCCAGUCCUAUGGAGGCCAGAACCCCCAAUACCCGACCCAAACCUAUCCCAAUGCAGCCCAAAAUCCGCCUAAUAACUCUGCCUACUCACCCCCGGCUCUAAGCUACGCAUCUUCAUCUCCGAGCUCAAACUCGCCUUCUGAGAAGCGCCAGCAUCAGCCACACCCCAACGUUACGGACUCAUUUUACGGCCCUUCGCACCCUCAGCAGGCGCAGUAUGGCUAUGGCGUGGGCGACCAGAAGCGGUCUGAAGGCCAAUGGAGCGGUGAGAAGGCGAGGAUGACGGACGGAUCGGACGGUGGCAGGCCUGCGUAUGCUAAUCCUAACGCUGAGGCGUCCUCGUCGAUGGAGCCUCCGGGGUAUAGGACGGAUGGCGUACCGACGGCGUGGUAUCGUGAUCAGAAGUCAGGAUUGAAGGCUGCUCUGGGUUGA